CAGUUGUGCAUAAGAAGAAAAGAAUUGUGAGUCAGUGUGCUCUACAAAUCUUAGCCCCAGCCCAUCAGGAUUAUAUUGUGCAAGUAGGAAAGGAAGGAAGUGAGGGUCAACUGGUGGAACAUAACCUUGCAUGGAAGAAUGCUCACACGGUUCGUCUCAAGGGAAAAGCAAAGAAAACAUAAAUACUGAACACAGUCAUCAGGAAGAGAAAAGGACUUGCUGUGUGAGAUAAGGGUUUUUCUAACUUCCAGCAGAGAAUGCUCACACCACUGCAGUCUGAUGUACACAGACUUGAUUUCAUGAUUUGCUUCCAUAUAUGAAUACUCCUUGUUUAAGUCUGUGCAAAUAAAAAGACGAGAAGAGCCGUUUCAAAAUGUGGUACAGAAGAAAAACACUUGUUGCUGUUGUGAUUUUCACAGCUCUCUGCUACAAAGUGACUGCAGUAAAAUGGCUGACCAUGGCCCCAGAAGCAGUAGAUGACCUAUACAAGGGAUGCAACACAAAGGCCUUGGAGAUGGUUCAGUCAGGCCUAUUAAGACAAGAGCUAAACAGCAGUGAGGGAUUCCAGUCAGCGUGGGGCAGCAAUAAAUGUUCAAAUCUGAUCCCUGGACGAGUACAGGUGCACACUGAUGCACUUUUGGCGUAUCUAGACAAAGGCACAAAAUUCAGGAACGUCUUUAACGAUGCAGUGGAAACAAUGGGAGGAAAUGUUAGCACCUAUGAAAACUACUUCCAAUUCAAGUCUCUUCACUUCCUGCUCAUGGACUCCAUGAAGCUGCAGAAACCAGAGCACUGUAAAGAGAUGUAUUUUAUGACGGACAAUAGAUACGAAGCAAAAAAUGGCUCAAACGUGAGAUUUGGAAGAUUCACCAAAGUUAAUACCGACCCAUCACUACAUGAAGAACCUGAGGGAACCCUUUUCUUCUUCACCACUUGCUUCUUUGUCAACGUGACAAGCUUUUGCAAUGAUUUUGAUGAUACUGCUGUCAUAUCUCCAACUGAAGAGUUCACAGUGGUGGCUGCAAUAGAACACGAUGGAUACAAUGAGAUACGUUUGAAACACUCAAAAAUGACCAGCUAUCACAACUGUUACAUGUUCUCACGCUCACCAGGCGACGUCUCCACUAAGUGGCUUGUGUUGGUGCUUGCGGUUUUCUCUCUUUAUUUCUUUAACUGCUGAGCAUCAACACUCAUUGUCUGAGGAUGCUCUGGGAGUUAUCACAACACCACACACUCCUUAGUACGGCUGCAAAAUUAUGCUUUGCUGUGAUCCUUUGCCAACUGCUGUGUUAUUAUAGUCUGAUGCAUUAAUAUAAUCCUAUCACUGUUUUUACCUUCACCACAUUUUCUGAAUUUUAGACUGAGGGUGUUUUUUGUCUUUAUGUAUAUCUAUAUGUACAUUCUCUAUCAUGUUGAGACUAUCUCUCUACUGUACACUGCAUGCACUGUAAAACAUGUAGGAAUUUACUCGAUUCAACUAAAGUUUUGUUAUUUACUUAAAUAUGUACGUCAGACCAUUUUUGAACUUAUAAACUUAAGCUCACUUGACCUGAAGUCUUUUGACCUCAAAUGAUAAGUUUAAAAAUACACAGCUGAGAGUUCUCUCAACUCGUUAAGUUUUUAAAGAAACAUGAUCAGCAUAUUAGCAGAUGUUCCAGCAUGCAUUGUUUGAGAGUUAAAAACUUUUUAGAGACCUUUUGGAUUUAGUUUAAAGAAAGUAUACCUGAUGGAAACCUGCUGUGUGCCUUUAAUACACGCUGAGAUAAGUCAUGGUAGUUUUUUUUUUUUAUGAAAACAAUGCAAACAUGAUGGACAACAGGAGUUUUAAGUAGUUUGUGUUUAAUGAAAAACUGACUCUUCAAACUGACAAUAUUUAAAGAGAGCAGAGAGUGUCAAUGUGACUCAACAAUUGUUGAUUCAACUUAAUACCUGCAAUUUAUUCAACUGUUCAACAUAGGUUGAGUAAACUCACAAUUUAAAAGGUAGCAGGGGAACUUGCUAACUUCUAAGUUGAACCAGUUUUAAAUAUAUUAUGAUGUAUGUACGGAACUGGAAAGAUAGUUUGCUGGGGUUACACAUGUAACCAUCAGAUCAUCAUCUCACUAUAUCUGGGAUUUCUGAUGACAGUUUCAGCUUUUAGAUGUAAAGAGUUUUCCUUUUGAAAUACAAACACAAAUACAACAGGUUGAACUAUC